GACUUGCGCCAGGCGCAAGCUAUCGAGGUGCCGCGAGCUGCUAUCUAAUACGUACCUCUGAGCCGGAUAUCCAAUCCAAUACACAAACAUGCGCUCUUAGACAUUGAGACGCCAACACUCAGCGUAAUUGCUCUCCAAUUAUCCCCGCGCCCGAUACCGCUUGGUCGUUUAUACUGGAGAGAUCGCAUGUGAUCCCGCCUGCAGCGCCAUAGUUCACAAGCCCACUCCCAGAGACCAGCUCAGAGAGAGACAGCCGCCAUGUCGUACUUCUUCGCGACCCCGGUCGAUAUCGACAUUGUCCUCGACGAUGCCGACGAGCGGUCGAUGGUUGACAUUAAACUAGACAAGAACCGGCGCGAGAAGGCGCCGCUGUAUAUGGAUGGCGAAUCGGUCAAGGGCGCUGUGACGGUGCGGCCAAAAGACGGCAAGCGGUUAGAACACACGGGCAUCAAGGUGCAGUUCAUCGGCACAAUAGAGAUGUUCUUCGACCGGGGCAACCACUACGAGUUCCUGUCCCUCGUCCAAGAGCUGGCCGCGCCGGGCGAGCUGCAGCACCCGCAGACCUUCGACUUCAACUUCAAGAACGUCGAGAAGCAGUACGAGUCGUACAACGGCAUCAACGUGAAGCUGCGCUACUUUGUGCGCGUCACCGUGUCGCGCCGCAUGGCCGAUGUGAUCCGCGAGAAGGACAUCUGGGUGUACAGCUACCGCAUCCCGCCCGAGAUGAACAGCAGCAUCAAGAUGGACGUCGGCAUCGAGGACUGCCUGCACAUCGAGUUCGAGUACAGCAAGAGCAAGUACCAUCUCAAGGACGUCAUUGUCGGCCGCAUCUACUUCCUGCUUGUGCGCCUCAAGAUCAAGCACAUGGAGCUGAGCAUCAUCCGUCGCGAGACCACCGGCGCCGCACCAAAUCAGUACAACGAGAGCGAGACGCUCGUGCGCUUCGAGAUCAUGGAUGGCUCGCCAUCAAGAGGCGAGACCAUACCAAUCCGACUAUUCCUGGGCGGCUUCGACUUGACACCCACCUUCCGGGACGUCAACAAGAAGUUCUCGACAAGAUACUACCUCAGCCUAGUGUUGAUCGAUGAAGACGCGAGGAGAUACUUCAAACAGUCAGAGAUCAUCCUCUACCGACAAGCGCCCGAAGUCGCCAACGGGCAGGAUGGGUUAGCGGCGCCUCCCGAGCAGAGGCAGAUAGCAGCUGUUCCAGCGUAAGUAGUAGGCUCGCAGUCGAGCCUGGAUGCUAUAGGGUACUAGUUAGUAGUAUAUGCAGUGGGCGGGGAGAUGUAGUUUUUCAGCAUCGGCGCGGCGUUGGUUCAUUUGGACUUCCAAGAGACUCCUGGGUUUUGCAUCCAUCUGAUAUUUCGCCUGCUGUAUACUGUAUACAAGGUCGCAGA